UAUUAAAAAAAAACUCCUUAAUUUCAACUACUUUAUGCCUCCAUUCUUAUAAAUAUUAUUACAAUGCUACAUAAACUAUCGUACAUAGUUGGAAGGAAAAAAAUUCCAUGACCAAAAAAUAAUAAUUUCAAUGCAAUGCUACUCCUCCAAAUGCUCAACCCCUUCCCCUUGCACUAUGCAAUCAUCCUAAUUCUCAUCUCCAGCUUCCUCACUCCAACCGCCGCGGUGGCCGGGAACAGCGAAGUGAAGCAGUUCCUGGGCGUGCAGAACGCAGCGCGGUCGGCGCUGCGGCUGCCACCGCUGGUGUGGGACGCCAGGAUCGAACGGUACGCGGCUGGGUACGCGGCCCAGCGGCGAGCGGACUGUGAGCUGCUUCACUCGAACGGACCGUACGGGGAGAACAUCUUCUGGGGAAGCGGCAACCGAUGGACGGCGGGCCAGGCGGCGGCGGCCUGGGUGUCGGAGCGGCGGGGUUAUAACUACUGGUCCAACUCCUGCGUCUACGGCCAGGACUGCGGGCAUUACACCCAGAUUGUGUGGCGCGGCACGCGGCGGGUCGGCUGCGCCAGGGUCGUGUGCUACGGCGGCCGCGGCGUUUUCAUGAUCUGCAACUAUGAUCCGCCGGGGAAUUACGUCGGAGAGAGGCCCUACUGAUCCACUCACAUAUACAUUUCAUUUGUUUUUUUUUUGUAUAAAUAAAACACGAGCAUGGGCUGAGAUGAAUGCUGUUAAAAUUUAGUGAGAGGGAGGCAUCGACUUGAAGUUAUUACAAUUUAAUUUUCUUUCAUUCA